AGCAAUCCAUUUCCCCUGUUUGGCAAUCGGCGUUAUCGACACCACAAAUUUCCCAUUUAGCUAUAUCAAGUGGUCACAUUUCAAACAUGGCCUUCGCUGCUUCUUCAUCCCCCGCCGCCUCAGCUCGCUCCAGCGCCCAAUCUGACCUCGCAUUCCGCAUCCCUUCCAAUCCGCCCAAAUUCGCCAAAUUCGCCCCUUCCAUUUCCCGCCGCACCCCUCCAAUUUCCUGCAAGAUGGCGGCGACGGCGGUGGACAAGGAGCUCGACGCGGAGGCGCUGCAGCGGCCUGAUGCUUUCGGCCGCUUCGGGAGAUUUGGCGGCAAGUAUGUCCCCGAGACGCUGAUGGCUGCUCUCACGGAGCUCGAGGCCGCCUUCAAUUCCCUCGCCACCGACCAUGAAUUUCAGAAAGAGCUUGAUGGGAUAUUGAAAGACUAUGUUGGAAGAGAAAGCCCUCUUUAUUUUGCUGAACGACUCACAGAGCACUACAAGCGCCAUGAUGGAACAGGGCCUCACGUGUAUCUUAAAAGGGAAGACCUAAAUCAUACCGGUGCCCACAAAAUUAACAAUGCUGUUGCCCAGGCUUUGCUUGCUAAGCGUCUCGGAAAGAAGCGCAUCAUUGCUGAAACUGGAGCUGGUCAGCAUGGUGUUGCUACUGCUACUGUUUGUGCUCGAUUUGGCUUGGAAUGCAUCAUCUACAUGGGUGCUCAAGAUAUGGAGAGACAGGCCCUUAAUGUCUUCAGAAUGCGACUUCUUGGUGCUGAGGUUAGAGCAGUUCAUUCUGGGACUGCAACUCUGAAGGAUGCCACAUCCGAAGCUAUACGAGAUUGGGUGACCAACGUGGAAACUACUCAUUACAUCUUGGGAUCUGUGGCCGGGCCACAUCCAUAUCCCAUGAUGGUGAGGGAGUUCCAUAAGGUGAUUGGCCAAGAAACCAGGAAGCAGGCCUUGGAAAAAUGGGGUGGCAAACCUGAUGUGAUUGUUGCUUGUAUUGGCGGGGGUUCAAAUGCAAUGGGAAUCUUUCACGAAUUUGUUGAGGAUAAGGACGUCAGGCUGAUUGGCGUGGAGGCAGCUGGCUUUGGCUUAGACAGCGGCAAGCAUGCCGCCACUUUGACUAAAGGAGAGAUCGGGGUCCUGCACGGAGCCAUGAGUUACUUGUUGCAAGAUGAAGAUGGACAGAUAAUCGAGCCACAUUCUAUCAGUGCUGGGCUGGACUACCCUGGGGUUGGACCGGAGCACAGCUUCCUCAAAGAUCUGGGACGGGCCGAGUAUCAUAGCAUCACUGAUGAGGAGGCAUUAGAAGCGUUUAAGAGAUUGUCGAGGCUAGAGGGCAUUAUCCCGGCACUGGAGACGUCUCAUGCACUAGCGUAUCUGGAGAAGCUAUGCCCGACGCUGCCGGAUGGAACUAAAGUCGUGCUCAACUGCAGUGGGAGAGGAGAUAAGGAUGUCAAUACAGCCAUCAACUAUUUAAAGCUUUGAGCCAACUGCAAUUCUCAAAUCAGCUUCUCUUUAAAGACUACAUGUUUUUCAGAUGAAACUUUGUUUAUAGAGAUAUGAUUGCUGCCGUAUCAAAAUUAUCAUGUUACCUCAAAUAAUAAAUAUAACUCUCUGCUUA